AUGAUAGGAAGAGCCGACAUCGAAGAAUCAAAAAGCAACGUCGCUAUGAACGCUUGGCUGCCACAAGCCAGUUAUCCCUGUGGUAACUUUUCUGACACCUCUAGCUUCAAAUUCGAAAGAUCUAAAGGAUCGAUAGGCCAUGCUUUCACAGUUUGUAUUCAUACUGAAAAUCAAAAUCAAGUCAGCGUUUACCCUUUUGUUCUACAUGAGAUUUCUGUUCUCAUUGAGCUGACCUUAGGA